AGAGGCUCACCGAGAGUGUCACUCAUGCCGGUAUUGCGGAUAAGGAAACAUCUUGGAAAACUCUCGUGAUGCAUAUAAGAGUAACCAUAGUCGCUGUUAGCUCAGCCUCAUACUGCGCAUUGUUCUUUGAAGCGCCCCAACCUUGAUUGAUACCUCCUUGUUCUUUGAGCACAUCACCACUCUUUAUAUAAUACCAUACAUAAUCCCACGCAUCUCCCCGAGUACAUAUAACCUGAAGGUCUUCGAGCAACAUUCGAUACCAGACCGAGACGCCUACAUCAACCUCAACAUUGUAAAAUCCACUUCCAAACAACACCUUGAAUACCUCUACCGUCAAAAUGUGGUACCACGUAGCCGAGCCCAAUUCCUACCUCGUCAUCACGGGUGUAGGAAUCGAGAAGGUCUUGAUCAAGAAGAAGGCUUUUGUAUACCCUCUACAGAAGGUUUCUAAGAUUUCGAUCACGCCCUUCGACUUUUCCAUGGCCCUCCAGGCCAUGACUAUUGAGAAGCUCAAGUUUGCUCUACCCGCCGUGUUCACAAUCGGUCCUGCAGAUAGCCCUGAAGCCCUUGAGAAAUAUGCCGUACUGCUCACUGGCGAAAGCGACGGAAGCCCCACCCAAACUGCGGCCAAAGGAGUCGUCUCAGUUGCUGAGGGUCGCAACCAUGUUCAAGAGAUUGUUAAGGGUAUUAUUGAGGGCGAGACGCGAAGCAUUGUCUCUACCAUGACUAUGGAGGAGCUCUUCCGUGAGCGCAAGAUCUUCAAGGACAAAGUUAUCCAACAGGUUCAAUCGGAGCUCGAUCAGUUUGGUCUUUGCAUCUACAAUGCCAAUGUUAAGGAGCUACAAGACACUCCUGGCUCAGAGUACUUUGCCUUCCUCUCCCGCAAGGCACACGAGGGCGCACUAAACCAAGCCAAGGUUGACGUCGCUCACGCUCGCAUGCAGGGUGAAGUUGGUGAAGCGGAGAAGCAAGGCAAGACAAAACAGGAAGUCGCCAAGAUUCACGCCCAAACCGCCGUCCUUGAAACUGAACGUAAAGCCGAGAAGGCUACAGCAGACGCCAAGUUCACCGACAAGGAGAUUGAGAUCGGUCGUGACCUCAACGUCGCUCGUAUCAACGCCAAGCGCGAGGCCGAACGACGCGAUGCUGAGCUCCAGAUGGAAGUCGAGAAGAAGAGGGCACUCAUGGAGCUUGAACGUCUCCGUGCUACCAAAGUCGUGCAGGCGAAGAUCGAGAAGGAGAGUGCGCAGCAACAGGCUGACGCAGAGCUGUACACUCAGGAGAAGUCCGCCGACGGACACAAGUACAGCCAGCAAGCCGAAGCCGAAGCCGCUGCUUUCCGUAGCCUACGUGCUGCUGAGGCCGACUUCGAGGCUACCAAGCGUCGCGCUGAAGCCGAGUACUUCGCCCAGGAGCGUGCCGCUCAGGCUCAUCUCAUCACCCAGCAACGCGAAGCUGAGGGUCUCUCGGCGAUGGCCAAGGCAUACGGCGAUAUGGCCAACGUCCUCGGCGGUCCCCAGGGCCUCAUGCAAUACCUCAUGAUCACCAAUGGAACCUACGAGAAGCUUGCAAAUGCGAACGGCGCUGCCAUCAAGGGCCUUCAGCCGAAGAUCAACGUUUGGAACACUGGCAGUCAGGGAGGCGAGGGUAUGGCGGACCCGUCAGCACCUAUUCGCAACCUUUUCCAGAGCCUGCCUCCUCUUCUCAGUACGAUCCACGACCAGACUGGUAUGGCGCCACCUAGCUGGUUGGCGCAGAUGCCCCAGCAGAAUGGCGAUAUGGCCAAGAUGCACCUGAGGAACGGCAGCGACGUGUCGCCAUAGAAGGAGAACGAUGGCGUCGUGGAUUGUAUAUGUUACUGUUUUCUUUUGCUAUCGUCUGUAUCAUUGGCUGCUAUACCCCAUGGCUAGGAGUUUGCGAUACGUCACUGUACUGUCUAAUCUUUUCUCUUUCGUUUGGCGCUACCUCGGGUUGAUG